UAUGAGUCCCAGCUUUAUCCAAGUUAUCGUCUCUGUUCAAGAUUUACCCUAAUGUCGUCUCGUCGAGAGGGUCGUGAUUCCGACUCGAAAUGUCACCGUUCUCGGUUCGAUCAAGAACCCAGUCCAAAGAGAUCAAGGAAACACAGUAGACAAGAAACUGAGAGGCCACCUACCACACACAAUUUAGAUAGUGGAAACAAUUCAGAACGGGAUUUAAAACACCAUCGCCGUCUGCAAGAUGCUGUGCCUCUUGAUGCUCCGUCAGUGCAAGAUUCGAAGUCAGAAAGAACUCCAAGGAAACCAUCUGAGAACGUAGCAGCUAAAGAUGAUGGGAUCAAAGAUUCUUCUGAUCCCAAUGAAGGAUCUCGCCAUCGAUCAUCCAAACACUCUACAAAUCCAUCAGUAGUACCUCGUUCUACCUCAUUUUUUCAGCACGAUGAGCGUGGUAGUGCUGGGCAAGUUGAUCGAAGCUUCAGGCAUAAGGCAGCAACUGAGCGAGGAUGGUGGAAAGAUGCAAAAGAGACGUCGAACAGAGCCACAACAAAUGAUAAGCAGAUGAAUGAUGAGAAGAGCAAAGUUUCAGGCAGGCAAAAUGAUGUUUGGCGCCAUGACAGGUACUUUGAAGUAAAGGAAGAUCCUAAACCACCUGUGAAGAAAAGGUCAUUUAGGGAGGAAAAGAUCCCAGUGGAUACUGAGAAAGUUGAGAAAGCUGCAAUGGAGCUUGUUAAGCCUAAUCCUUCUCACCCUGAAGUAGAUGGCGAAAGAAAGAAUGAAAGAACUGACCACAUGUCACGCCAUCCUGGUAGAUAUGAGAGACCAUUUACUGGUGAGAGGUAUGCAAACAGGGGUGAAACAUGGAGGGGCAAAUUUCCAUCAAGAGACAGGUACCAUGGCAAUAGUGAUCACAGGGGGAGAGACAGAUUCAGUUCAAGGCAAGGACCUAAUCCAAGUAAGGUGGUUGAAAAGUGGAAACACGAUCUUUAUGAUGAGGCAAACAAGAAUCCUACUCCGAAGAAUGAAGAAGAUCAAAUAGCAAAAAUUGAAGCACUAUUGUCUUCAUAGGUCUUGCAGUAAAGUGAGUGGUAGUUCCUGUUUCUUUUGUUGGUUGAAAAAGGUAGGGGGGUCAUUACUGAUGAUCAAAGUUAUUGCUGUACAAUCCUCUCAAUUUUGAUUUUAGGCAAUGCUAAUUUGUAUCUGUUGCUUGGAUUUGUGUUUGGGG